AUGAAACUUUGGAAUUUUGUGAAACUACCGGAGAUGUAUUAUAAUGAUGAAGGCUACUUCAUACUAAGGUUCCAAUCAGUUGCUGAUAAGGAUGCGGUUUUGAUGAGUGGUCCUUAUACCAUUCGUAACCUCCCGAUGCUGCUAAGGGACUGGAAGCCUGGGUUUAACUUGAAAGAGGAUAUGCUGCGUACCAUUCCGGUUUGGGGGAAGUUGCCACAAUUACCUCUUCACUUGUGGGGGCCAAGAAGUCUGAGUAAGAUAGGCAGUGCUAUUGGCACACCUCUUGUAACUAAUGAAUGUACAGCAAAAAAGUUAAGGAUCUCAUAUGCUAAAUUACUUGUGGAGAUUGAUAUUACACAAGAGCUACCUAAGAAGAUCAAUAUUAAGGGGCAUGAAGGUAGUGUGACUAAACAGGCAGUUGAAUACGAGUGGAAACCUGCUUAUUGUGACAUUUGCAAGAAAAUUGAACAUAGAUGUGAUCAAAGAAAGAAGCCUACUAGGCUAUGGGUGCAGAAGAAGAUAGAGGUAAGGCAACAAGGAAAGGGCAAAGAGGAAGUGGUGAAGAUCACUGAGAAUCCUACCCAGGAACAACAGUUGGAACAAAAAGAAGAUGAAUGGAAUACAGUUUUAAGAGGUUCUAAAGGGAAACUGCCUGUGGGAAAUGCAGGAGUUACUUGUGUUAAUGAGUUUGGAGCAUUGUGGGGGGGAUGCCACUUUGUUCCCAGACCUAGUCCCAUGAUAGUUUCCUGGAACCUUAGGGGGCUAAAUAAAGUGGGCAAGAUCAAAGAUAUUAGCUCCCGUCUAGUUGAUCUAAACCCAGACAUCGCUUUACUUAUUGAAACAAGAGUCAAGGAGAAUAAAGCAGCUGCUAUUAGAAAUAAACUGCAUCUUAAGGGCAAUUAUGUGGACAACUACCAAAGUCAUAGUAAUGGCAGGAUAUGGAUCUAUUGGAAUGAUAAUAAAGUAGGUGUGCAGAUGGUUAAGGUAACUGACCAAAUGAUACACUGUGGCAUUCAGGUUAGCACGGGGAGAUGGAAGUAUUGGCUAAUAGCAGUUUAUGCUAUGAAUCAUCUUGAACAGGGGCAAAAGCUUUGGAGAGACAUUGAGGAUAUCUACAGAAAUCAGCAGGGUGAGGGUCCUUGGUGUGUGAUUGGAGAUUUUAACAAUGUUUUAAGAUGCAAUGAUAGGCUUGGAGGCAGACAGGUUCAUGAGCAUGAAUAUAGAGAUCUCUGCAACAUGAUGAAGAAUACUGGGCUGUAUGAGAUGGAUAGUAUGGGAGAUCACUACACUUGGACUAAUAAGCAGCAGGACAAUGCUAUCUACUCGAGGAUAGAUAGAAUUAUUGGGAACACUGACUGGAUGCAGCAGCACAUGGACUAUAACCUCACUAUUAUGGCCCCUAGUGUGUCUAAUCAUUCUUUGUUGUGUCUGAGAGAGAAUAUAAAUAUAAGUAUCCCUAAAUAUCACUUCAAAUUCAGAAAUUGUUUGGUAGAUAUGGAGGUCUAUAGUAACAUUGUGGCCAGGAGUUGGAAUGCCCCUAUGUCUGGUAGACCUAUGUAUGUUGUGUGGAAGAAAAUGCUGAGACUUCAGCCUCAGUUGAGAGCCCUUGGUAAACCUCUUAGAGAUGUUCAACAACAUAUUAUCAGAUUGAGGAGUCAACUAAAGAAUUCCCAGGAUGAUUUACUUCGUGACAGAUUGAAUGCUGAAAAAAAUUGA